GUUUUCAUCGCUUCACUCUCCUGAACGCAAAGCAGUUUCUGCAAAGUUUGCUUAUAUUCAUCCUGUGCAUUUCUAGUUGCAAUCCAUUGAUACAAGGUACAGCCUCUCUGUGCACUUCAUUUUCUUUCUUUUUCCCAGCAAAAUUUUUAACGGGAAAAAAAGAUAAACCACAGCAAUGGCAGCUUCAGGGACUUUGGGAGCAGUAAUGGCGAAUAAGUUUAACCUGGCGUCUCCGUCAUCCAUAGUUUCAGAGCUUGGUUUCGUCUCUUCACAAUUGAAUGCUUUCAACAUCUCAUAUCCUCGUUCGACUAAAUACGCCACCCACACACCCCUAGUUUCUGCUUUAACAAAAGCAGUUUUAAAGCGUGAUAUGGAAACAGAAGUUUCCAAUACCAGAGGUAGUGGUCUUCGUGGAAAAUUGAACAAGGUUGUGCUAGCUUACAGUGGUGGCUUAGAUUCAUCAGUCAUUGUCCCAUGGCUAAGAGAGAAUUAUGGCUGUGAUGUCGUUUGCUUCACAGCUGAUGUCGGCCAAGGUGAAAAAGAAUUUGAAGGCUUAGAAGAGAAGGCCAAAGCUAGUGGAGCCUCUCAGUUAGUGGUGAAGGAUUUGAAGGAAGAAUUUGUCAGGGAUUACAUAUUCCCUUGCUUGCGUGCUGAUGCAAUUUAUGAGAGGAAGUAUCUCCUUGGGACUGCAAUGGCUCGCCCUCUUAUGGCAAAAACCAUGGUAGAUGUUGCGACAGAAGUUGGAGCAGAUGGUGUGGCUCAUGGUUGUACUGGGAAAGGGAAUGAUCAGGUUCAAUUUGAGCUCUCAUUCUUUGCUCUGAAUUCUAAACUAAGUGUUGUGGCUCCAUGGAGGGAGUGGGACAUCACAGGGAGGGAAGAUGCAAUUGACUAUGCAGAAAAGCAUAAUGUGCCUGUUCCUGUCACCAAAAAAUCCAUAUAUAGCAGAGAUAAAAAUAUUUGGCACCUUAGCCAUGAGGGUGAUAUAUUGGAAGACCUUGGAAACGAGCCGAAAAAGGACAUGUACAUGAUAUCUGUGGAUCCAGAGGAUGCUCCAAAUCAAGCAGAAUAUGUGGAAAUUGAGAUGGAGUCAGGAAUACCUGUUUCAGUCAAUGGGAAGAGGCUAUCACCAGCAUCCUUACUCUCCGAACUCAAUGAGAUCGGCGGAAGGCAUGGCAUUGGCCGGUCCGACAUGAUCGAAAACCGGCUUGUCGGUAUGAAGGCCAGAGGAAUUUAUGAAGCUCCUGGGGGAACCAUCCUGUUCACAGCAGCACGUGAGCUAGAGUGUUUGACACUUGACCGUGAAACAAUCCAAGUGAAAGAUCCAUUAGCCCUGAAAUAUGCGGAGAUGGUGUAUGUGGGAAAGUGGUUUGAUCCUCUUCGAGAAUCCAUGGAUGCCUUCAUGGAGAAGAUCACAGAAACCACAACAGGUUCUGUGACAUUGAAACUGCACAAGGCUCUAUUACUGUGAGUGGUCGUAAAAGCCCUAAUAGCUUGUACAGGCAAGAUAUUUCAUCUUUUGAGAAUGACCCAAUAUAUGAUCAAGCCGAUGCUACUGGCUUUAUACAGCUUUAUGGCCUUCCAUCGAGGGUGAGAGCCAUGCUUGA